AAGUCGGGCUCUGGUCGUCUCGCAGUGCGCGGGUAUCAGCGGUUACUCCUGCGGUGACCCUGGGGUCUAAGUGCAAGUCGGAGAUCCCGUCCCCUUCGGCUUGUGUGUCUGCAGAGCUCACCUGUUCCGCGCGGGGCUGCGUACGGCCUAUGGCGGGGGCCGCCCCGACCACGGCCUUUGGGCAGGCGGUGAUCGGCCCGCCUGGCUCAGGGAAGACCACGUACUGCCUGGGCAUGAGUGAGUUCCUGCGCGCGCUGGGCCGGCGCGUGGCGGUGGUGAACCUGGACCCGGCCAACGAGGGGCUGCCGUACGAGUGCGCUGUGGACGUGGGAGAGCUGGUGGGGCUGGGCGACGUGAUGGACGCGCUGCGGCUGGGGCCCAACGGCGGCCUGCUCUACUGCAUGGAGUACCUGGAGGCCAACCUGGACUGGCUGCGGGCCAAGCUAGAUCCCCUCCGUGGCCACUACUUCCUCUUCGACUGCCCAGGCCAGGUGGAGCUCUGCACGCACCACGGCGCCCUGCGUAACAUCUUCUCACAGAUGGCGCAGUGGGACCUCAGGCUGACUGCUGUCCACCUGGUGGAUUCUCAUUACUGCACAGACCCGGCCAAGUUCAUUUCAGUACUGUGUACCUCUCUGGCCACGAUGCUGCAUGUGGAGCUGCCUCAUGUCAACCUGCUCUCCAAGAUGGACCUCAUUGAGCACUAUGGGAAGCUGGCCUUCAACCUGGACUACUACACAGAAGUCCUGGACCUCUCCUACCUACUCGACCACCUGGCUUCCGACCCCUUCUUCCGCCACUACCGUCAGCUCAAUGAGAAACUGGUACAGCUCAUUGAAGACUAUAGCCUGGUCUCCUUCAUCCCUCUCAACAUCCAGGACAAGGAGAGUGUCCAGCGGGUCCUACAGGCUGUGGAUAAAGCCAAUGGCUAUUGCUUCGGGGUCCAAGAGCAGCGAAGCCUGGAGGCCAUGAUGUCCGCUGCAGUGGGAGCUGACUUCCAUUUCUCCUCCACCCUGGGCAUCCAGGAGAGGUACCUGGCACCCUCCGACCAGUCAGUGGAGCAGGAAGCCAUGCGGCUGUAGCAGCGAGCUAGGCUCUGCAGAGCAAGAAGCAGAACCCAGCACUGGAGAAAGAGGCAGCCGCCCACGGCAGCGGACAGCCCGGCCGACUCUGAUCGAGAGCGAUCUUCCAACCAGGCAGAGCGCUCACCGCACCGUCGGUGGUUGCCGUUGCCAGGAACUCAGCGCCAGCCCCGCUAUGAUGGGAUAUGGUACAGAUACGAGAGUUUACUUUCUACUCUUUGUGACUUCCAAGCUUUCCUCAACCAUCCAGGCCCAGAGAGUUGAGCCAGAAGAACAAGGUUAUGGGACCUUCUUUUAGAAGAGGCCUCUUUCUUUAUACAGGACGUCGUUUCCACCAAAGCACAGGACUGACAGUCUCCAGUCGGGCGAUUUUGUAAAUUCGCAGUUUUAGCAGGGAGCCUGGAGCCUGAGCUCCCACAGGGGACGCUCCCUAGCAGAUCGGAGUGUUUCGUGUUCGUGGUAUUUAUUUUAUGAUUUUAGUCCUUUUUGGCAAGGGUUAGCGAGUUUUCCAUUUAUACCAGUUAUUAAAAGUUUACUUUGACAUUG